GCUGGGGCAGGCGCUGCGCAUGCGCCGCUGUGGGGCCACGCGGUGCUGCGCGAUCCCGGGGAGGGGCGGACAUGCUGCAGAGCCUGGGGCUGGUGGGCACCAUCGCGGAGGGGGACGAAGGGCCCGAGGAGCCCGAGUCUGGAGACUCUGAGGAUGAAGAGGAGCCGCGGCCGGCACUGGGCCCCGGGCGGCGGGGAGCGGCAGGAGGAGAUUUCAGCUCCGCCUUCGUCUUCGGCGAGGUGGAGGCCGGCGGGGAGGGCGCCUGGGCGGCAGCGCUGCGCCAGCUCCGAGGCAAAAGAUCGGCUACCACGCUGGAUGAGAAGAUUGAGAAAGUGAGGCAGAAAAGGAAGUUCCAGGAAAAAGAAGCUAAGCAAGGCAAAGUGAAAGAUGGCGAUGCAGAAACUGAGGAUAAUCAGUCCAUAAAGAGGGAAUGUGAGGACUUCGGUAGAGAGGAAGAAGAUGACAAUGAGUCCCAGUACUCAUUGGAUGAUGAAACUAUCUUCACAAAAGCAGAUACCGUUAAAGUGAAGGAGAGGAAGAGAUCAAAAAAAGGAGGGCAAAAAGAAGCAGAAACCUUUUUUGAGGAUGCCUCUCAAUAUGAUGACAACUUGUCAUUCCAGGACAUGAAUCUUUCCCGACCUUUGCUAAAGGCAAUCACAGCUCUUGGUUUCAAGCAGCCAACUCCAAUUCAGAAGGCUUGUAUCCCAGUGGGUCUUCUGGGGAAGGAUAUUUGUGCCUGUGCUGCUACUGGGACAGGCAAAACAGCUGCCUUCAUCUUGCCUGUGCUUGAGCGCCUGAUUUACAAACCUCGUCAGGCCCCAAUAACAAGGGUAUUGGUUCUUGUGCCAACACGAGAACUGGGUAUUCAGGUGCAUUCUGUCACAAAACAGCUGGCGCAAUUCAGCAGUGUCACCACUUGCCUUGCUGUAGGUGGCCUAGAUGUGAAGACUCAGGAAGCAGCUCUGCGCUCUGGGCCAGACAUUCUUAUUGCAACUCCUGGGCGACUAAUUGAUCAUCUCCACAACUGCCCUUCUUUCCACCUGAGCAGUGUAGAAGUGCUCAUUUUGGACGAAGCAGACAGGAUGCUGGAUGAAUACUUUGAGGAACAGAUGAAAGAAAUAAUCAGGUUAUGCUCCAAGCACCGGCAGACAAUGCUUUUCUCCGCCACGAUGACAGAGGAGGUGAAAGAUUUGGCUUCUGUUUCCCUGAAGAAUCCCACCCGAAUUUUUGUGAACAGCAACACAGAUGUUGCCCCUUUCCUGAGGCAGGAAUUUAUCCGGAUCAGACCCAACCGAGAGGGAGACCGUGAGGCCAUUGUGUCAGCUCUACUGACACGGACCUUCCCAGAUCAUGUGAUGCUUUUCACCCAGACAAAGAAGCAGGCUCAUCGUAUGCACAUCCUGCUUGGGUUGAUGGGUCUACGGGUUGGGGAGCUUCAUGGGAACCUCUCCCAGGCACAGCGGCUGGAGGCACUCAGGCGUUUUAAGGAUGAGCAGAUUGAUAUUCUGGUAGCUACCGAUGUGGCUGCACGAGGACUUGACAUAGAAGGUGUUAAAACAGUAAUCAAUUUUACCAUGCCCAACACCACCAAACACUAUGUUCAUCGAGUGGGUCGAACAGCAAGAGCAGGGAGGGCUGGUCGCUCAGUUUCACUCGUGGGUGAGGAGGAGCGGAAGAUGCUGAAGGAUAUUGUGAAGUCUGCCAAAACUCCAGUGAAAGCCAGAAUUCUCCCUCAAGAUGUCAUACUAAAAUUCCGAGAAAAGAUCGAGAAUCUGGAAAAAGACGUGUAUGCAGUUCUGUGCUUGGAGCGUGAGGAACGUGAAAUGCAGCAGUCAGAGGCCCAGAUCAAUAAGGCAAAGAAGCAGUUGGAGGAAGGAAAACAGGAGACUGCAACCAAGGGUGUAGAGCGGAGCUGGUUCCAGACCCGUGAGGAGAGGAAGAAAGAAAAAUUGGCUAAAGCACUGCAGGAGUUUGACCUAGCAUUACGAGGCAAAAAAAAAAGGAAGAAGUUCAUGCAGGACACACAGAGAAAAGUCCAAAUGACACCGGAGGAGAGGUCACAGUUUGAAAUCCUGAAAUCUCAAAUGUACGCUGAGCGGCUGGCAAAAAGAAAUCGGCGAGUAAAGCGAGCCCGAGCUUUGCCCGAAGAGGAACCAGCACCAGUACCAAAAGGCCCCAAGCAGAAGAAAAAGCUGUCUGUGUUUGAUGAAGAGCUUACCAACACAAGCAGGAAGGCUCUGAAGCAGUAUCGUGCAGGUCCGUCAUUCGAGGAUCGGAAACGCUUGGGUAUGGCCCAACGUAGGAAAGGAGGAAACUUUAAAUCCAAGUCCAGGUACAAGAGGAAGUAAGAACUGUUUUACCAAGUGGGCAGUUGGGGCUAUCUGGACACUUCAGACUUCUCUCCAGGGCCUGGAUUUCUUUACACUGGGAAGAGACAUCUUCAGUAAAAUGGAACAGAUUUUCAUCAAGUCUCAGAAUAGCUAUGGACUGUUCAUUUAUAGCUGGUUGAACACUCUUUGUGAAAACAUCUUCAGCCAAUAUAAUAAAUUUUCUAAAAAAAAUAAAAUGUCCUCUUAUUUUAUAAAA